AUAUUGAGAAACAAACACAUGAUGAACAUCCUUGAAUCUUCCAAUCUUGGCGGCUACAAAGAGGUCAUCAAUGAAGUUGAACACCAAAGGGCUCUCAUGAUGAACCUACAUGACCUUGUACUACCAAUACUUGAUCCCUGCAGUGGGCAAGCAAAGCUCAUACAACAACUCUUUGAAGAAGUAUUCAGUAGCUCAGGUAAGAUUAUUUCUUCCCUAGAACUUGGUGAUAACAGCGAGAAACAGGCCAUUCUUAUCAAGCAUAAAGGAAAAGGAGGUAAGGAUAACGUGGAGAAUCACAUAUUGGAGGAGAACAACAAGGACCGUGGAAACAAGAGAAGGAAGAAUGCAAAUCACAUAAGUUCAGUUGUGACACAAACACCAUACUUUGAUGGAUGUCAUUGGAGGAAGUAUGGGCAGAAGUGGAUCUCCAGAGCAAAGCAUUCUAGGAGCUACUAUAGAUGUGCCUAUAGUAAAGAGCAAGGGUGUCCUGCAACUAAAACAGUACAGCAGAAGGAAAAUGAUGGCAAUGGAACGGUGAGGUUGUUCAAUGUUAACUAUUAUGGCCAGCACAUUUGCAACAGUGAUGGCAUAGUUCAUCCACAUGUUGUUGGGGCAACACAGGACAGCAUGCCAAUCGUCAGUCAAAACCAAAACAGUAGCUCAGUGUUUGUCAAUACCGAUGUCCAUGGCGUUCAGGAUGAAAUCUUUGAAAGCUUAUUCAUGGUGCCCGACAUGCCAGAAUAUUUGACAGAGUUCGUAGAUGUUGAAAUGGCAAGAGCAUUUGAGAUUACCCCUAUGAACUCGCCAAUGAUCCCUGAAGACAUAUGGGCGUGAAGAAGCGAGAGGAAUCAAAGCAAAGUCCUUUUAUUCAAUAUAUGGGUGUAAAUCAUGAGUUCUGAAAAGGACAUUGGUGUGUUACCCAUUAGUCUACACUAUACAUCGUACAAAGGUUGUAUAUAUGGUCUAGAAUGCUGAUGUACUAUCUAGACUUUGCUGUGACAUAUAUUACUGUAAAGCAUGCAUCAUGAUUGUAUUACUUGUCAUUCCAAGUCUGUAAAAGGACACCCUGCCAAAAAGUCUUACCAUCGGUAAAAGUCCUCCUGACAUCUCUUACUCUGCUAACACUGAUGACGAAAACUAGAGACAUAGGACAUAUGUGACAUACUAGUAAUCAACCUGGAAAACUGCAUGUUAUACAAUACCUAAUGCAGCCUAGCUAGCAAGUAGGGACGGUUGUAUUCUCACCUGACUGCUGAACCUUGUUCAGUUUGUAGGUGCUGUUGAAUUGAACUGUGCCGAAAC